AUGCAAAAUAGAGGCGCUUCAAAUACACUACAUGACCAAUGUCUCAAAUCAUCACUUCGAAUGAAUAAACUUCGUGCGGAACGAAGACAAAUGGUGAUGACACCACGAUUGGACGACCAAGACAUGACUGGCCAAAUUGAAGACAAACCACUGCAGUAUUCUCUUCCAUUACUUCGAAACGACGCCACCACGAAUGAAGCGAUUUUGCUGAUUCACACCCAUUUGAUUAAAUCGAAAUUUGAAGACAUCUAUUUUGUGUACAAUUGCAUUGAUCUUCUCUUCUCGAAGUUGUCGAAAAGUCUUGAAACGGUCGAAUUAACUCUCAAGCUGUUAACCGUCAUUAGCUCGUGUUUGGGGUCGUCCCAAGUGUUACUCAAAAUGGACCACAGUGCUCUCAUUCGGACUUUCAUCCCAAGCGCAAGUCCAGUCAUCCGUGCACAAACCAUCAUAUAUCUUGCAAACGUCGUCAACGACUGUCCUCAAGUCUUUUCACUCUUCAAAAAGUGUGACAUCAUUCCAAUCAUCUACAACUCCUUGCGUCUGUAUCAGGACGACAGAGACUUCUGGUGCAAAUGUGCUCAUUUUACCACUAUCUGUCUCUUACAAUUGAAAACAUUAGACGCCCAAACACCAACUAAUCUUUACGAGGAGGUCGCUACCAUCUUCUUGGUCUUAUUAAGCAAAAUGGACGAACUUCCUCCGAUGUAUCAAGCAGUGGCUGAACUAGCUGCACAACCAAAAAGCCUUAAAAGUGUGUUACUAGUCCUCCCAAGUCUCUUUAAUGUCAUGGUUGCGGGGUUUCUCUCGAAGAACUCGUAUGUCCGGAAUGCCGUGUUAACGUUUUGUUUGUAUAUCAUAGACGGUAAAGAGAAGUACAUUACUAUGCUUCUCGAAGCAAAUUCUUUCUUUGAUAAUUUUGCGUAUUACGCCGAGGUCUGUCCUUCGAAAGGAUUUGUCGAUAUGUGCUAUAUAUGCUCGAAUAUCGUCGCGUACCAACCAACGAGUGCAGACAUCCUCAUCGAGAAACAUAUCGUUCAAAUCGUCAUGGCCAAAUUGGGGCAAAUUGAGACGGAAAGUAUUAACAUGAAAGACCUUGUCACGGAGUUCUCGUGGUUCUUCGCGCAAGUCUUGCAAGCCGCAAAUGACCAAGGAAAACUGAUUAUGAUUAACUCGGAUAACUGUUUCUAUGGAUUGAAAUUGAUGAGCCAAUACCUUUGCGAUGGUGCAGAGGUCGAAUUGGUUAUCCCCCUCUUCGAGGCAUUAGAACGAGUCGUCGUGACACUGAACGAAAUCGAUCAAAACGCCGCACAGACUUUUGUUAAUACAUUGGAAGAGUCGGGAGUUGUCGAUGGAGUGUAUAAGAUACAAGGAUUGAGAAAUGACUGCCUUGACUACUGUAAUAAGUUCUUAAAAGCACUCGACGUGGUGAAUCAUAUCGAGGAAUUGUAA